UUGGGUCUUUGACUCAGAUGAGUCAAUUCCUAAUUCAGGAUCUACCUCUUCUAGCUCCAGCCAGAGCGGGGAUGAUGCUGCUGAUGAUACUUUUGAAAGUACUUCUGAUGAUACUUUUUGAAAGUACUCUUGGAAAUUUCUCUCCUUUUCAAAUCAAUGUCUGUGACCUUUAUUAAAGCUCUUAUCAUGUGAAACAAUUCUAAGACAAACAAAAAGAAAAUUUUUGAAAAAUGGGGUUUUGGGUCUUUGACUCAGAUGAGUCAAUUCCUAAUUCAGGAUCUACCUCUUCUAGCUCCAGCCAGAGCGGGGAUGAUGCUGCUGAUGAUACUUUUGAAAGUACUUCUGAUGAUACUUUUUGAAAGUACUCUUGGAAAUUUCUCUCCUUUUCAAAUCAAUGUCUGUGACCUUUAUUAAAGCUCUUAUCAUGUGAAACAAUUCUAAGACAAACAAAAAGAAAAUUUUUGAAAAAUGGGGUUUUGGGUCUUUGACUCAGAUGAGUCAAUUCCUAAUUCAGGAUCUACCUCUUCUAGCUCCAGCCAGAGCGGGGAUGAUGCUGCUGAUGAUACUUUUGAAAGUACUUCUGAUGAUACUUUUUGAAAGUACUCUUGGAAAUUUCUCUCCUUUUCAAAUCAAUGUCUGUGACCUUUAUUAAAGCUCUUAUCAUGUGAAACAAUUCUAAGACAAACAAAAAGAAAAUUUUUGAAAAAUGGGGUUUUGGGUCUUUGACUCAGAUGAGUCAAUUCCUAAUUCAGGAUCUACCUCUUCUAGCUCCAGCCAGAGCGGGGAUGAUGCUGCUGAUGAUACUUUUGAAAGUACUUCUCAGCCUUCUUGUGAUCAUAGUUGCAGUUCAGUUGCAAAUUUCAAGAAAACUGAUGACAUGAGCUGGGGCCUCGAACCUGGAGCUCUUGUAAACCCAGACCAUGAAGAUCGUCGGAUGAUUCCCGAUAAAGAUUACCAAAAUGAAGAAGAUAUUGACAUAAGGAAAGGUCCAUGGACUGUGGAAGAAGACUUUAAGCUUAUAAAUUAUAUCAGCACCCAUGGCGAAGGACGCUGGAACGCAGCUGCUCGCUCUGCAGGAUUGAAACGAACUGGUAAAAGCUGUAGAUUAAGAUGGUUAAACUAUUUGCGGCCCGAUGUUCGACGUGGCAACAAAACUCUUGAAGAACAACUCUUAAUUCUCGAAUAUCAUGCUUGGUGGAGGCAAAAGAUGGUAAAAAAUAUCGCAGCAUUUUCCGGGAAGAACAGACAAUGAGAUAAAGAACUGCUGGAGAAGGAGUGUCCAAAAGCAAGCAAAGCAGCUUAAAUGUGACGUUAAUAGCAAACAAUUUAAAGAUACUAAGCGCUACCUUUUGAUUCCUCGUUUAAUUGAUCGAAUGCAGGUCGCAUCUGUAUCUUACACGUGUCAAGCUCCGGUCACAUCCGGAUCUUCCAUGGGUCAAGCCUGGUUCACAUCUGGAUCUUCCGCUGGUCAAGACCAGGUCACAUCUGGAUCUUCCAUGGGUCAAUCCUGGUUCGUAUCUGGAUCUUCCACGGGUCAAACCUGGUCCACGGCCGGAUCUUCCACGGGUCAAAACAGCUCCUAGCCUCAACUCUUGGCAGUAUUCAAGGUUCAAUGUACUUUGAUUGGAAAGACAUAUACUAAACACUUGGUGUCAGAUGAGAUAUAUAAAAAACACUUUGAGUGCAUCAACUACUUUAGAGACGAAACGUUUGAUACUCUUCUCUCUUAAGUGAGAUUAAGAGUUUUAUCUUUAUGGACGAAAUAAAUACUCAUCAGAAGUAUUUUAAUUUUUA